CGUUCUACAGGGAGAGAAUUCAGGAUUUCAGGGGCAACUACUCUGCCAGCAAGGAGGCUCUUCCGUCUGUGACAAACCACAAUGGGUUUUGGCGAUUAUCCUGCUGAAUUUAACCCCAAAAUACAUGGACCAUAUCAUCCAGGACGCUUCUAUGGAAAAGCUGACACCCCACUUGGAGAAGUGAAGUUAGGAGAGUUUGGAAAGUGGCUGAGUCGACGAAACUACACUCCACAGGGAAUGGUAGCUUGUUGUAGCAGAGCAUACUGGCGUUGGGCAACCAAAUACCUGCUUGCCCGCAAGACAAGUGUAGCUCCACUGAUACAUUUUAGUGCAGCCCUAGCUACAGCUUAUUAUUUUCUCCAGUAUCGUUCCCACACCAACCACCGCCAUGCUAAAUACCAUUAAAGAUUGGUCUAACCAUGGGAGACAAGAUGGUGCUUUGAAGUCACUACAACGUGAUGGCUAGGCAGAACUUUUCAUAGUAUAGUACUCCUAAUCAAGUUCAUAAAGAAUAAAGUUUGGAAUGCAACAUUAACUUCCGAGUUCAUUUAUUUGGGACUAUUGCAGUUAAAUCAACAAUUGAUCCAUCAGUAAAACAGAAGAAUAUUGUGUGUAGUUUUUAGAAAACAGAUCCAGGAUGCUGCAUGGAAACCCAAUUCACAGCUGCAGUUAUAUGUUUACAAAUUAUCUCAACUGCUUCUGGACAAAAUAAAAUGUGAAAAAAAA